AUGCCAAAAGAAGUAAACACGGAACCUUUGGUUGAAGGUAAACCUAAACCAUGUUGUGUCUGUCUUCCUGAAAAAGAUGAACGUGAUCAGUGCAUUCUAUUCAAUGGCCAAGACUCUGACAAAUGCAAAGUGUUUAUUCAAGAGUAUCGCAAGUGCAUGGAGUCUCAUGGCUUCAAGAUCUAG